CCCAUAAAAAGGGAAAAAAGGAGAAAAAAUGGGAAACAAUGAAAAAAAUGGGAUAAAUGGGUGAAAAAUUUGGGGACAAGUGAUGGAAGAGGGGUUGGAGAAUAGGGGAAAAAGGGCCAAAAGUCGUGGGGAAAAAUGGAAAUAUGGCAGGAAAAAUGGUGGGAAAAAUGGGGAAAACCACCAAAAAUUGGGAAAAAUCCCCCAAAAACUGGGGAAAACUCCCCAAAACUGGUGACGAGCCGGAACGCCGCUGUCGUUGCAGGAUGAUCCCGGCGCCCAGCGCCUCCUUCUCGCUGUCGGACCUGGCGCCGGGCCGCGCCUACGAGCUCUGCGUGCUGGCCGUGUUCUCGGACGCGCGCAGCUCGCUGCCGGCCACGCGGCCGCUGGGCUGCCGCCGCUUCACCACGCGGCCGCCGGCGCGGCCGUGCCGCUCGCUGCAGGCGCAGUUCCUGGGCGGCACCAUGAUCAUCGUCAUCGGCGGCAUCAUCGUGGCCUCGGUGCUGGUGUUCAUCUUCAUCCUGCUGGUGCGCUACAAGGUGCACGGCGCGCCGGCCAAGGGCACCGCGCACGUCUGCUCCCAGACCAACGGUGCCGCCGCCGCCCUCGGCCGCUCCGCCUCCAAGCUGGAGCAGCUGGAAUGUUCCGGAACCCUGGGCAAGGGCAGGGCCGGGGAGAGGCCGGGGGAGAAGGGGGAAGGGGCUGAGGUGGGGUCGUGA